GACUUGCACUUCGUCAAGCACGUAUUUUUUCCCGUCCAUUUAGAAGUUAUUUUCUCUUCUUCUGAGAAGGAAAUCUUGAAUUUGGACGCAUAUCAAGAUGCCCUGAAGAAUAUCAAGAUGCCCUGAAGAAUAGCAACAACUUUUGGAGGAUAGCCAUUUCAGCAUCAUGACCAAAGACAAAGAAUCUAUUGUCAGAAGCUUUCAUUAUGUUUACAUUGUGACCUUAAUAGUUGGAACCAUAAUCCAGUUCUCUGAUGCAAGUGAAUUUGCAGUAGACAUGUCGAAAAUAGGCCUUACUCAUGUUCCAAAAGACCUGCCACCAAAAACCAAAGUCUUAGAUAUGUCUCAUAACUGUAUAUCUGAGCUUCACAUCUCUGACAUCAGCUCUCUCUUAGGGCUGAAACUUUUGAGACUUUCCCAUAAUAAAGUCCGGGUCCUUGAUUUUAGUAUUUUUAGGUCCAACCAGCAUUUGGAAUAUUUGGAUUUAUCUCACAAUCAGUUGCAGAAGAUAUCCUGCCAUCCUAUCAUGAGUCUCAAGCAUUUAGACCUCUCCUUCAAUGACUUUGAUGUCCUGCCCAUAUGUAAGGAAUUCAGCAACUUGACACAGUUGAAUUUCUUGGGAUUAAGUGCUAAAAGGAUACAACAAUUAGAUCUCUUGCCAAUUGCUCACUUGCAUCUAAAUUGCAUCCUUCUGGAUUUAGAAGGUUAUUAUGUGAAAGAAAAUGAGACAGAAAAUCUUCAAAUUCUGAAUACAAAAACACUUCACCUUGUUUUUCACCCAAACAGUUUAUUCUUUGUCCAGGUGAACAUAUCAGUUUAUAGUUUAGGGUGCCUACAACUGACUAAUGUUAAAUUAAAUGAUGACAACUGUCAGGUUUUAAUUAAAUUUUUAUCAGAACUCACUGGAGGACCAAACUUACUGAAUUUUACCCUCAACCACAUGGAAACAACUUGGAAAUGCUUAGUUAGAGUUUUUCAAUUCCUCUGGACCAAACCUGUAGAAUAUCUCAAUAUUUACAAUUUAACAAUAGUAAAAAGCAUUGGUAAAGAAGAUUUUAUUUGCGAUAAAACAGCAUUGAGAGCAUUGAAAAUAGAACAUAUCGCAAACAGAGUUUUUAUUUUUUCACAGCAAGCAUUAUACAGAGUGUUUUCUGAGAUGAAUAUUAUGAUGUUAACCAUAUCAGAUACGCCCUUUGUACACAUGCUUUGUCCUCAGGCACCAAGCACAUUUAAGUUUUUGAACUUUACUCAGAAUGUUUUCACAGAUAGUAUUUUUCAAGAAUGUUCCACUUUAGUUAGAUUGGAGACUCUUAUCUUACAAAAGAAUAAAUUAAAAGACCUUUUCAAAGUAAGUCUCAUGACUAAGGAGAUGCCAUCUUUGGAAAUACUGGAUGUUAGCUGGAAUUCUUUGGAAUAUGGUAGACCUGGUAGAAAUUGCAGUUGGGUUGGGAGUAUAGUGGUGUUAAACUUGUCUUCAAAUAUGCUUACUGACUCCGUUUUCAGAUGUUUACCUCCCAGAGUCAAGGUACUUGACCUUCACCGUAACAGAAUAAGGAGCAUUCCUAAACCAGUCAUGAAACUAGAAGCUUUGCAAGAACUCAAUGUUGCUUUCAAUUCUCUAGCCCACCUUCCUGGAUGUGGUAUGUUUAACAGUCUCUCUGUACUGAUCAUUGACUAUAAUUCCAUUUCUGACCCUUCAGCUGACUUCUUCCAGAGCUGCCAGAAGAUUACGUCCAUAAGAGCAGGGAAUAAUCCAUUCCAGUGCACAUGUGAGCUAAGAGAAUUUAUCCAAAGUAUAGGGCAAGUAUCAAGUGAAGUGGUAGAGGGUUGGCCUGAGUCCUAUAAGUGUGACUAUCCAGAAAACUAUAAGGGAACCCCACUGAAGGACUUUCAUGUGUCUCAGUUAACCUGCAACACGGCUCUGCUGAUUGUGACCAUUGCAGUCACUGGGCUGGUGUUGGCCAUUACUGUGACUGUCCUCUGUAUCUACUUUGAUCUGCCCUGGUACCUCAGGAUGGUGUGUCAGUGGACUCAGACCCGGCGCAGGGCUAGGAACAUACCCUUAGAAGAACUCCAAAGAACUCUCCAGUUCCAUGCUUUUAUUUCAUACAGUGAACAUGAUUCUGCCUGGGUAAAAGGUGAAUUAAUACCAAACCUAGAAAAAGAAGAUAUACGGAUUUGUCUCCAUGAGAGAAACUUUGUUCCUGGCAAGAGCAUUGUGGAAAAUAUCAUAAACUGCAUUGAGAGAAGCUACAAGUCUAUCUUUGUUUUGUCUCCUAACUUUGUCCAGAGUGAGUGGUGCCAUUAUGAACUCUACUUUGCCCAUCACAAUCUGUUUCAUGAAGGAUCAAGUAACUUAAUUCUGAUCCUGCUGGAACCCAUUCCGCAGAACAGCAUUCCCAGCAAGUAUCACAAGCUGAGGGCUCUGAUGACGCAGCGGACUUAUUUGGAGUGGCCCAAGGAGAAGAGCAAACAUGGACUUUUUUGGGCUAAUAUUAGAGCUGCUUUUCAUAGGAAAUUCACACUAAUCACUGAAAACUGAUGUGAAAACUUAAAGUCAUAAAAAUCCAACUAAGAAAUCAUCAUUCACUUGGAUUCUGAUGAACAUUAUGGUUUUUAAGUUACUGUCUGGAUGGUGCCUCCCUUAUCUCUACAUACUCAGGAAAUACUUAAGGAGAACUGUUUCAACUGAGCUGGGGAGCGAGAGUGGGGCUGGCUGAUGCUCAAACUUGCUUAUUACAGAUUGCUAAUUUUCUUCUGGUUUAACCAUUGUGUUUCAAAUUGAAACAGUUGCUUUUGAGUAAAUGCAGUCAUUCAAGGAAAUGUCCUCUCCCUUCUCCUUUCCCACACGGAUUCUGUGUGUAUGGCACCCAUGGCAGCAACCCCAGAACUGUACACCAUGGUCCUUGGAGUGUCCUGUGGAUGCUCAUUGGCCUCUGAUAUGCUCUGCAAUCAUGUCCAACUUUGGGGCUUGGGAAAAAAAUUAGACGAGUUGUGGAAAAUAAAGGGGC